CACACACGUACAACUCUCCCAUUUGGACACUGAAAAUAUACCCCAAAACAUCUCUUUUUGCUCAUUCUAAUCAUAUGACAAACGAUUCAUCAAUGAUAUAAUGUUGUGAAACCUCUGUACUUGUCAUCUCAUACAGAGAACACGUCACCUUGUGAUAGACUCUAUAAAAGUGAGAAUAUAAGUGAAAUAAGUACUAAAGUAAUGAGGGAGUUGUACGUGUGUGAUAUCACGGAUCUUGGUCGCAUUGCCGAUGGGAGGAUCUACAUGGCACUAGUGAUCUCAAUAUUCAAAUGCUCAUAACUUUCUUAUUAUUCAUUUAAUCUUCCUCAAACUUUCAACAAUAUGUUUCUUUGAUUUUUCUCUUUGAUAUGGAUUCAGCUGGUUUCAAGCCAGGGUUUCAUUCUCCUUUAAGUUGUGCUGACGAAAUUGAACGGCAGCGAACAGGAUAAUACCGAAAUGGGUUCUGAAAUGCUACGAGCAGGAGGGCUUAUCAUUUUCAGAAGAAUCAAGUUAGGAAUCCAAUACUUGUUACUCCAAACUUCGUAUGGAGUACAUCAUUGGACCCCUCCAAAAGGUCAUCUUGACCCGGGUGAGGAUUACCGCACUGCAGCACUAAGAGAGACAGAGGAAGAAGCAGGCUAUACCAGCAAUCAACUCACAGUUACAGACUUUAAGAGCACGCUCAAUUAUAUUGUCAAGAAUAGACCAAAGGAGGUCGUUUAUUGGCUUGCUGAGCUGAAGGAUCCAAAGGAUGGUGUGAAAUUGUCCAAUGAGCAUCAAGAUUUCAAGUGGUGCAACCUGGAAGAGGCCUGUCACCUCUCAGGAUACAGUGACAUGGAAAAGGUUUUACGAGAUGCUGAUAAUUAUCUCCAUAGCUGAUGACGUACAAGGAUAGAUUAUCCAGAUCAUUGUGAAGAAUGAGACAUUGAAUGUAAUAUUGAAUUAUAACAACUUAGCUUAAUCAAUUCAGGGAUGCGGACAAGCUCAUGGGACUAUAAUACACUACAAUGCCAAGAGAUGUACUGUACAUAAUAUGAAUACAAGCAUAGGUGAGGAAAUUUGUCUCACGAUGUCAAACUUUUUUUUUAUUAAGAGUUGCUGAGCUUUUUUAACCACUGAGCUGAAGGAUCCACAGGAUGGUGUGAAAUUGUCCAAUGAGCAUCAAGAUUUCAAGUGGUGCAACCUGGAAGAAACCUGUCUGGUGCCUCUCAGGAUAAAGGGAUGUAAACAUUGAUUGAACCUUUUUUUCCAUGGUUUUCCAGUUGCCAUGCAAUUCUGCUUAAUUGAACGAUUUAUUCUAUUUUUAAUGCAGGCAACAUAUGUAUGUGGUUUGAUAAAAUUGAAAAGUAUAUGAUACGUUUAAUCAAGUAUGCUACCCUCAGACAGUCUUAAGGACAUAUACAUCUACAUGUAGGCUACCAUUGAUUUGACUUUAAAAAAAUUUGAGCUGCCAGGUCACACUUUUCACAUAUAUGUCUCAAAUGUCUGAGAUGUGUUACGUAAAACUUAAGCCCAGAAAAAAUCUUUUACUAAAAUAAUUAUUUAAUGCUUCAGAAAAGUGAAAUAUUAAAGUGACCAGAAACACCAUCUUAAUUAUGAUGGAUUAUUUUGGACUUACAUGUAGUCUUAUGUCAUUACAUGAAUUUAUAAUUAUUUAUAAAAUAUUUUCAUACAGUUGCGUAAAACAUUUCCCUUUGAAUCCCUUUUAACUAAAUGACUGCAAUUAUUAACUUAUACAAUUUAUUUAGUAGUCAAUCAUAUGUAAACAUUCCUGGAGGAAAAAAGGAAUAAUUGCAUAUGAUAUGAUAUAAAAUAUUAACUUGGGGAUAUAACAUUGUGCUUUCAUUUAUUUUCUUUAGAACUGCUUCACCGAAAUAAUUGAAAAUUUGAAAUGGUGUCACUUUGUUAUUCAAUCUGAUUUCGAUGACAUUUCAGUAUUAUAAUUAUGUUAAUUUGUCUGAUUUAUAAAUUGAGUCUUAAGAAAUAUGACAAAAAUGGUAGCAAGCUUUCAAUACCAAGGUAUCCCAAUUAUCCCAUGCUGAAAAUUUUAUGAUUUUGAACAGAUAAUUUUGUUCAAAUCAUAUAAUUUUCAGCCUAGAGUACCCCUGUAUUAAGAUGCAAUUUGUUUAUGAAAAGGAGUUAAAGAGUAGACUUUACUGAAGGCUGAGAGUGUGUUUCUUCUUUUAAUGUGAAAAAAAGGUUGGUGUUUUCUCUGAAAAAAUGGGAUUGUCAUUGUUGCAACCUUUUUGUCACAUCUGCAAAAAUUGAAAUAUUCUGUAUUUUCAUAUAAAAAAUAGGCCUACAAAGGAAAGAGUGAAUGGUUGACAUCAAUUCUCUCAUUUGCAUUUUACUGUGUUAUGCAUAUAACUUUUUUCCUGAAAAAUAAACAAAUUUUACUUUAAAAUGCUAAACUUUCUUAUUUUACACCCAAUUUGCUUGAGAUUUUCAUCAGUAUGCUAGUUUAAUCCACAUGUCCUUUAAAUAUGGUUUAUAAUUGGGUAUUAAAGACAUCGUUUCAUCAUUUUUCAUCUUAUUUUUGUUUGGAUUUCUAUAUGCAUCAGGCCUUAUUAAAUGAUUUAAUUAAAGAUUAAUACCAGUUGUGGUAACAAUCUCAAAAUGAGUUCGAACACAGUCCAAUAAAAUGACCAGCCAAUUGCUUGUAUGCAUGAAUGAAAAAUAUGUUCAUAUCGGCUUUGGAGAAAAAUGUGUAAUUGCUGAGAAAUGAGCAAAAUUCCAUAAAAUGUCGGGCAUUUUUCCAAGUGAUAUUAGUACACUGUCUGACAUUGUUAUGCCUUUUUGUGUGUGUUAUCAAGCAGAAUUAUCGGUUUUCAGCUAAGAUUUCAUGGUUUCACAAAGACGAGUUGAUUUCAUUAUACUAGAUCUAUGAUAAUAUGGGGGUUAGUAAUAGUAACCUUUUAUUUUAAAGGCUUUCUCUUGAAAUAGUUUUUGCUGCAAUUAGUUUCUUUUACUUUUAAAAAGAAGUUUUGUUUGAGCAUGAAAAUAGAUGUUUUCUAUUUUCUUAUUUGGCCUUGAUACAUGUAUAUAGAAGAUUAAACAAAUGAUUUUCAAGAAUUUCAAUUUAAACCACUGAAUACAUUUAGCAAACCUUGGGUUGUGGACUUAUUAAUAUUGAUAUUAAUUGAAUUUCCCUUAGACAGCGCCUCAUCAAACAAAUGCAGUUGGGGUCAGGGAGAGUGGGAGAGACAAAGGGAGAGAGGGUAGAGAAAGAAUGGGAGCUGGAGAGAGGGGGGAUAGGAAAGGGAAGGAAAAGAAAAGGGAUGGGGUAAACAAUUCCUGUUUCACCUGCUUCGACAACCUGCUUCCUGUUUCGUUUUUAUUUAUUUGAUUUGAUUUAUUGAUUUCCAUUUCACAAUUGUACAUAAUAUGAUAAACAUAACAAGGUCGAAAAUACUACAAGACAAUAUAAUAACAUAAUCAUAGAUUAAAGGAACACAAUUCAGUAAAUAAAGUUAUCUCAGAUGACAUUUGUGUUUAAAAGUAAAACGGAGGGUCUUGCCAAAAAAAGCAAAGCUAGUACAAAAGGCAAGCCCCUAACUUAGUUUCAUUACAAAAUUACAAUAAAGAAAUAUUGGGUCGUAAUAAUAUACAGAAAUUUUCUUUAAAAAUAAAUACAAUUUUUGUGCACUUUACAUAAACGCAACUGAUGGAUCGUGUGAGAAAAUAUAUUGUUUUACAAUACUAGAGAGGGGGGAUGAGGGGGAGAAGACAGGAAAGACAGAGGAGUGCAGUGUACACUAAGUAGAAAGAAAGAAGGCAGGCAGCAGGAGCAGGUACUUUCACUAAUUGCAAUUUUAAGAAGAAAAAAAAUAAAACAAAUAAUAUACAUGUCUAUAUGAGCGCAUAUAAUACACAAAAGCCGAGUAUAAUUGAAAUAGUUAUUCAGCUUGACCUGUUUGCAACGAGUAUUCCAGAAUUAACUUUUUUUUCAGUUUGCAUUUAAAAAUAUUUACAUUAGGGGAUUCUUUGAAAUCUUGCGGCAGAGAGUUCCAAUUAGGCAGGCCCGGAGAAGGGGAGAAGACAAAUGAAUUCUUUGCUAAAGGAAAGUGAUAAUAUUGUCGUUGCCUUGUUGGGUAGCAGUGUACGGAUGCAUUUUCACGGAACAUAGAGAAAAUCGCGGGGAGAUCGUCCUUGUUUCAUUUGAACAUAAAUUGACUAAGUUCGAAAAUAUAUAUGUCACUUACUUUGAGAAUGUUAUUUUCAAAAAAUAAGAUAUCAGUAUGUGAUUUAAAGUGUGUUUGAAAAAUUAUUCUUAGAGCUUUUUUCUGGAGAAGUAAUAUUCUAUUUAGUUGUGUUUGUAUUGCACAUCCCCAGGCAAUUAUUCCAUAAUUAAUAUAUGGUAGAAUAAGGGUGUAGUAUAAUGUUAAGUGCGGGAAGGGAGAACAUGUUUGAGUUUAUCAAUAAUUCCAAUGUUUCUAGAAAUUGUUUUACCUAUAUACUAUCAAUAUGAGGCUUCCAUGAUAAUUUGUUGUCAAUAAGGACACCCAAGAAUCUGGUAGUGGAAAUAUUAUUAAGAACGAUAUCAAAGAAAAUACUGUCUGGUAGAGUAUUGAUUUUUAUUGAUUUUAUUACUGAAAAGCAUGCAGUUUGUCUUCUGGUGAUUAAGUGAAAGUUUGUUGGCCUUGAUCCAAUCUGUAACAUUUGUUAGUUCAAAAUUUACGAUUCUAACGAGUUGGUUAAUAUCAUCAUGGGAAAAGAAAAUAUUGGAGUCGUCAGCAAAAAGUAUAAACCGUUUAAACAAUCAUGUUUAAUUUAUUGAAGAUUAGAUAUUGAAAAUUAAACUUUGUUGCUUAAGAUUUAAA